AGUAUUUCUUCAUCUAUGAAUUAAGGUGUCAAAAGUAUUUUUCAGAUAAAAACAAUUAAUUGACAAUGAAUGAACCCGGGCUAGGUUUGUUGGAUAAGAAGGGUGUACUUGGGUACAGGAUGGAGACUGGAGAAGAUUUAGUUAAGUUCAAGGAGAAUAAAACUACAGUAUUCCCAUCAACCGCUUGUUUCAGGUGUUUGGAGGCGAGCUGGGAGGUUGUUAACAAACAAGGAGGUAUUUACACUGUGCUAAGGAGUAAAGCUUCUAUAAGUUGUCGUGAGUUAGGCAGCAGAUAUAUAAUGCUUGGCCCACUAACCAAUUCCUUCGCACAUUAGGUUGAAGUAUUUAGCCCACCACCCUGCUCUCCUCUU